ACCAUAGAGUACCGGAAAGGGAUUGAGCAGACAGGUCGGAAAGAGACUGAUCCCAUUGCACCGAAAUGACGACUUUAGUGUUGGAUAACGGAGCCUACAACGCCAAAAUCGGUUACAGCCAUGAAAAUGUGUCGGUUAUUCCUAAUUGUCAGUUCAGGUCAAAAACUGCACGUCUUAAAACUUUUACUGCUAACCAGAUAGAUGAAAUAAAAGACCCCUCAGGACUGUUUUAUAUCCUUCCUUUUCAAAAGGGCUAUUUGGUGAAUUGGGAUGUUCAGCGACAAGUAUGGGAUUACCUUUUUGGAAAAGAAAUGUAUCAGGUUGAUUUUUUAGAUACGAAUAUUAUUAUCACAGAACCAUAUUUUAACUUCACUUCAAUUCAAGAAUCAAUGAAUGAAAUUCUAUUUGAAGAAUACCAAUUCCAAGCAGUAUUAAGAGUAAAUGCUGGGGCUCUCAGCGCACAUCGAUAUUUCCGAGAUAAUCCUUCAGAAUUAUGUUGCAUCAUUGUAGACAGUGGGUAUUCCUUUACACAUAUAGUUCCUUACUGUAGAAGUAAAAAGAAAAAAGAAGCAAUUAUUCGGAUAAAUGUGGGAGGUAAACUCUUAACCAACCAUCUGAAGGAGAUCAUAUCUUACAGGCAGUUACAUGUUAUGGAUGAAACACAUGUGAUUAAUCAGGUGAAAGAAGAUGUAUGCUAUGUGUCUCAGGAUUUUUACAGAGACAUGGAUAUCGCAAAGUUAAAAGGAGAAGAUAAUACAGUAAUGAUAGACUAUGUUUUACCUGAUUUCAGUACAAUUAAAAAGGGCUUCUGUAAGCCAAGGGAAGAGAUGGUGUUGAGUGGAAAAUACAAGUCUGGGGAACAGAUUCUUCGUCUGGCCAAUGAGAGAUUUGCUGUUCCAGAAAUACUAUUUAAUCCUUCUGAUAUUGGCAUUCAAGAAAUGGGAAUUCCAGAAGCUAUCGUCUAUUCAAUUCAAAACUUACCGGAAGAAAUGCAGCCACAUUUUUUUAAGAACAUUGUUUUGACGGGAGGAAAUUCCCUUUUCCCAGGAUUUAGAGAUCGGGUUUACUCAGAAGUUCGAUGUCUCACUCCAACAGACUAUGAUGUUUCUGUAGUGCUGCCUGAAAACCCUAUUACUUACUCCUGGGAAGGUGGAAAAUUGAUAUCAGAGAAUGAUGAUUUUGAAGAUAUGGUGGUAACAAGAGAAGAUUAUGAAGAAAAUGGACAUAGCAUCUGUGAAGAGAAGUUUGAUAUUUAAAAGACAUUUCUAAAUAAAAGCCUUGAUUGAUGGUAA